AUGAAAGUAUUCUGGCGUUCCCAUGACAGCAAGAAUGUCUAUGACAUCAUCGCGGGUUCUGCAUCACUGACUGGACAGCACCCAGAGUUCAGGGGUAGAACAGAAACCUUCCCAGAUGAGUACACCAAUGGCAACUUCUCUCUCUUACUGAAGAAUCUCAGUCUCUCAGAUGGAGGGAUGUACUUCUGUUUUAUUCCUCCUCUUGAUGCUGACUUUCAAAUAGAGCUUCAAGUCACAGUGGUAUUGGAGACGGUGACAGGCAUGAGAGGAGGCAGCGUCAUCUUGCCUUGCACACACAGCGAUGGUGUUCUUUACAAAGAUGACGUGAAAGUAUUCUGGCGUUCAUAUGACAGCAAGAAGGUCUAUGACAUCGUCGCGGGUUCUGCGUCACUGAUAGGACAGCACCCAGAGUUCAGGGGUAGAACAGAAACCUUCCCAGAGGAGUACACCAAUGGCAACUUCUCUCUCUUACUGAAGAAUGUCGAGCUCACAGAUGGGGGGACAUACUUCUGUUUUAUUCCUCCUCUUAGCACUGAAUUUCAAAUAGAGCUUCAAGUCACAGUGGUGCUGGACACGGUGACAGGUGUGAGAGGAGGCAGUGUCAUCUUGCCCUGCACAUACACACAUGGUGUUCUUUACAGAGAUGACAUGAAAGUAUUCUGGCGUUCCCAUGACGACAAGAUUGUCUACGACAUCAUCUCAGGAUCUCCAUCACUGACUGGACAGCACCCAGAGUUCAGGGGUAGAACAGAAACCUUCCCAGACAAGUACACCAAUGGCAACUUCUCUCUCUUACUGAAGAAUGUCGAUCUCAUAGAUGGAGGGAUGUACUUCUGUUUUAUUCCUCCUCUUAGCGCUGAAUUUCAAAUAGAGCUUCAAGUCACAGUGGUGCUGGACACGGUGACAGGUGUGAGAGGAGGCAGUGUCAUCUUGCCCUGCACAUACACACAUGGUGUUCUUUACAGAGAUGACAUGAAAGUAUUCUGGCGUUCCCAUGACGACAAGAUUGUCUACGACAUCAUCUCAGGAUCUCCAUCACUGACUGGACAGCACCCAGAGUUCAGGGGUAGAACAGAAACCUUCCCAGACAAGUACACCAAUGGCAACUUCUCUCUCUUACUGAAGAAUGUCGAUCUCAUAGAUGGAGGGAUGACGACUGGUGUUGUCCUGAAAUACGACACCAGUCGUCCUGCAGGAGACUUAAUAAUCAAAGAUGGAGAUGUCUGCCUCACCCCUGAAGAAUUCUGGACUUUGGGUUUAAGCCAGAGCAUGGAUUCCAAUAGGAUGCUGAGUGGUAACGAACUGUCAAAGUGGCUGGACAGAUUCCUGAACAGGUCAGCUUUCCGGGUGCCUGUGUACCUGGUGUCUGAGGCACAACAAGACGCCCCUCACUUUCACUUUGAGGGUUUGCGAAAAACCACACCCACUGCAUUUGUCAUCGAGUGCAGUUCAUCCUAG